AUGGCUGGCGUAGACGAGACCCUCGUGGCCGCGACUGUUGUGCUACAGAAUCUGGCAAGAGACGAGCCUACCUCCGGCUCCUCUUCACCCCCAUUUGAUUUUCAAUUAUCAUCCAACGGUGUCAAGUCCGCCAAGCUCCCCGGAGACCAUAGUCCUGCAAAGGCAGCCUUCGAAGCCGAGCUUGAGGCCUUGGUGCGCCGUGUGCACCACCUGGAAUUCCAAGCUGUCAGUCACCAGUUCCCCGACGAUCUCCAACAGCAGACGACUCCCCACACCGGGGAAGGGUCUGCUGAAGAAUCCAACGAGAAGAUCCCUGAUUUUCUGAGGACUUUUGGGCUCUCUCGCUUCGCGUCAGGUCAAGGUUCUGACUCUUCUUCUUGCCUUUUACAGCAGCAAAAAUCGAUCCCCAUAGUACCGGUGGAAACCCCCGACGACCGCCCUCUGGGGGAGAUUGACGACGACACCGAUGACGAAGACGAAGCCGGCACCCGCGUCGUGCGGGAGGAGGACAUCAGUUUCCUCCGCAACCACGUACAAAAGCAGGCCGAGGAAAUAAGUUCCCAGAAAGACAUCAUUGCCCAGGUUCGCGACGAAUUGCAGAAACAGGAGGAACACACUCGACGCGCUCUCACCAAGGUCGAAAACGAAGAUGUCGUCCUUCUGGAACGCGAGCUCCGCAAGCACCAACAGGCCAACGAGGCCUUCCAGAAAGCCUUGCGUGAAAUCGGGGGCAUUAUCACCCAGGUCGCCAAUGGUGACCUCUCCAUGAAAGUCCAGAUCCAUCCGUUGGAGAUGGACCCCGAAAUCGCCACAUUCAAACGCACUAUUAACACUAUGAUGGACCAACUGCAAGUCUUCGGUAGCGAGGUGUCUCGUGUCGCGCGUGAGGUCGGUACCGAAGGUAUACUUGGAGGACAAGCUCAGAUUACUGGCGUCCAUGGUAUUUGGAAAGAACUUACCGAAAACGUGAACAUCAUGGCAAAGAAUUUGACAGACCAAGUGCGAGAGAUUGCCUCCGUCACUACUGGUGUUGCCCACGGUGAUCUCAGCCAGAAGAUUGAGAGUCGUGCCCAAGGAGAAAUUCUCGAAUUGCAACAAACCAUCAACACCAUGGUGGACCAACUCAGAACGUUCGCCACGGAAGUAACACGGGUCGCGCGUGACGUCGGAACGGAAGGUGUACUCGGAGGACAGGCUCAAAUCGAAGGUGUCCAGGGCAUGUGGAAUGAAUUGACCGUUAAUGUCAACGCCAUGGCCAACAAUCUUACCACGCAAGUGCGAGAUAUUGCCACUGUCACAAAGGCCGUUGCCAAGGGUGAUCUUACGCAGAAGGUUCAGGCCAACUGUAAAGGUGAAAUCGCAGAGUUGAAAAACAUCAUCAACUCCAUGGUGGACCAACUACGACAAUUUGCUCAAGAAGUCACCAAAAUCGCCAAGGAAGUCGGAACCGAUGGUGUCCUGGGCGGCCAAGCGACGGUCAAUGACGUGGAAGGAACAUGGAAGGACCUAACAGAGAAUGUCAACCGUAUGGCUAACAAUCUUACCACCCAAGUGCGUGAGAUUGCAGACGUCACUACUGCCGUCGCUAAGGGUGACUUGACCAAAAAGGUCACUGCCAAUGUGCAAGGAGAGAUUCUCGACCUGAAAAGCACAAUCAACGGCAUGGUGGACCGACUCAACACAUUUGCCUUUGAAGUCAGUAAAGUGGCUCGUGAGGUCGGCACGGAUGGUACCCUUGGCGGUCAGGCUAAGGUUGACAACGUCGAAGGAAAGUGGAAGGAUUUGACCGAUAACGUGAACACCAUGGCGCAGAAUUUGACCUCUCAAGUACGGAGUAUCUCCGAUGUCACGCAAGCUAUCGCCAAGGGUGACCUUGGCAAGAAGAUUGAAGUCCACGCGCAGGGAGAGAUUCUCACUCUCAAGGUUACCAUCAACCACAUGGUGGGUCGUCUUGCGAAGUUCGCGACUGAGUUGAAGAAGGUCGCACGAGAUGUCGGCGUCGACGGCAAGAUGGGUGGACAAGCCAACGUGGAGGGUAUUGCAGGCACCUGGAAGGAAAUCACGGAGGAUGUGAACACAAUGGCCGAGAACUUGACAUCUCAAGUGCGUGCUUUCGGUGAAAUCACAGAUGCUGCCACUGAUGGUGAUUUCACCAAACUAAUCACCGUUAAUGCAUCUGGUGAGAUGGACGAACUGAAGCGCAAGAUCAACAAGAUGGUUUCCAACCUGCGUGAUAGUAUUCAAAGGAACACUGCUGCCAGGGAGGCUGCCGAACUAGCCAAUCGUACCAAAUCUGAGUUCUUGGCCAACAUGUCUCACGAGAUCCGAACUCCGAUGAAUGGUAUCAUUGGUAUGACUCAGUUGACCUUGGACACGGACGAUCUCAAGCCGUACACCCGCGAAAUGCUGAAUGUUGUGCACAACUUGGCAAACAGUCUAUUGACUAUCAUUGACGACAUUCUCGAUAUUUCCAAGAUCGAAGCCAACCGUAUGGUAAUCGAGAGCAUUCCAUUCACGGUCCGGGGUACUGUUUUCAACGCCCUCAAGACGUUGGCUGUCAAAGCCAAUGAGAAGUUCUUGAGCCUGACAUACCAAGUUGACAACACCGUUCCCGACUAUGUCAUUGGUGAUCCAUUCCGCCUCCGCCAGAUUAUUCUGAACUUGGUUGGCAACGCUAUCAAGUUCACAGAACAUGGCGAAGUCAAGCUCACGAUUCGCAAGUCCGAUCGUGAGCAAUGCACAACCACUGAAUACGCCUUCGAGUUCUCUGUGUCCGACACAGGUAUAGGAAUCGAAGAAGAUAAACUUGAUCUGAUUUUCGACACCUUCCAGCAAGCCGAUGGCUCAACUACCCGCCGAUUUGGUGGUACUGGUCUUGGUCUUUCCAUCUCCAAGCGGCUGGUCAACUUGAUGGGCGGUGACGUUUGGGUCACUUCCGAGUAUGGCCACGGCAGUACUUUCCAUUUCACCUGCGUUGUGAAGCUUGCAGAUCAAUCUUUGAGCGUGAUCGCCAACCAGCUCUUGCCAUACAGAAACCAUCGCGUGUUGUUUAUUGACAAGGGCCAGAACGGUGUUCAAGCGUCCAACGUUAUGAAGAUGCUGAAGAAGAUCGAACUUGAACCUUUGGUGGUGCGGAACGAGGAACACGUGCCACCACCUGAGAUUCAAGACCCUUCUGGAAAGGAAUCAGGACAUGCCUACGACGUCAUCAUCGUGGACUCCGUGGACACAGCUCGCAUUUUGCGCACAUUUGACGAAUUCAAGUACAUUCCAAUUGUUCUGGUCUGUCCUUUGGUGUGUGUCAGCUUGAAAUCCGCUCUCGACCUUGGUAUUAGCUCAUACAUGACUACCCCGUGUCAACCCAUUGACCUUGGAAACGGUAUGCUGCCGGCCUUGGAAGGUCGUUCGACGCCCAUCACCACAGACAACUCCAGGUCAUUUGACAUCCUUUUGGCCGAGGACAACGAUGUGAACCAACAGCUCGCAAUGAAGAUCCUCCAAAAACACAACCACAACGUAUUCGUUGUUGGUAAUGGCCUGGAAGCCGUCGAAGCCGUCAAGAAACGUCGGUACGAUGUAAUCUUGAUGGAUGUUCAGAUGCCGGUCAUGGGUGGAUUUGAAGCUACCGGAAAAAUCCGCGAGUACGAACGCGAGAGUGGGCUCCAACGCACCCCAAUCAUUGCGCUCACUGCCCACGCCAUGUUGGGCGAUCGCGAGAAGUGCAUCCAGGCCCAGAUGGACGAAUACCUGUCGAAGCCACUAAAACAGAACCAGAUGAUGCAAACUAUUCUCAAGUGUGCCACCCUUGGUGGAUCACUGUUGGAGAAGAGCAAAGAGUCAAGAAUUUCCAGCAGUGGGGAAAUGCAUCCCAACUACUCUAUGUCCUCCGACAACCAAAACCAACAGCAGCAACCACAACAACAAUCUCAACAGCGGCCACAGAAGCAACAAUCGCAGCCGCCCCAACAGCCGCCCUUGCCACAGCCCCCACGCCCUGUUGUGGAUUCGCGGUCUAUAACUUCCUCCGGUCCCAUCAGCCGAGGAAGCGUCGUCAGUCCAGCACCACAAGACAAGGACGAAGAGAUGAUCGACGAGCGGGUACGUUAG